AUGCCUGGGAAAGAGGAGUACUUCGAGUCUGGAAGCUUCAGGGCGCGUCCUCGGAAAUCCAGGAAGGUCUUCAGGUCUCAGGAUCUCAGGGUCUUAGGGUUCCAGUGCCUGCCGCAGGGACACGAAGGGAGGAAAGAGAGAGAAAAGGAAAAGAAAAAUGUAAUAAAAGUGAAAUCGCUGAAUUAUGGUAAACUGGGAGGAAAUGAAUGGCUGGAAAACAACAAAAUCCUGAGAGUGGAGGUGGAAGAGGAGGUGGACGUGGUGGAGGAGGUAGAGGAGGAGGUGGAGGAGACGGUGAAGAUUGGACACAAGCCAUGGACGGAGAAACAUGUGGAAGUGACAGGGAAAGACGUAGAUCAAAGAGAGAGGGAGAGGAAAAGGGAGAGGGAGAGGGAGAGGGAGAGGGAGAGGGAGAGGGAGAGGGAGAGAGAGUGGGGGGAGAGGGAGAGGGAGGGAGAGGAGGAAAGAACUGGGCGUGUGCAUGGCCACCUCAUAAUGGGAGGGUCUUCAUUAGGACGGCACGGCGCAGCGUUGAUCAGGAAGUCGAUGUUUGAUCCGAGGCACGGGCGCCGAGGUCACCUUCACUAUCCACUCUCCGUCACACUCUCACACUCAUAUUCCACACUCACUCUCACUCUUCAAUACAACACAGUCACUCUCAACACAGCAAAACAACACAAUCACUCUCAACACAACACAGUCACCCUCAACACAACACAGUCACCCUCAACACAACAUCGUCACCCUCAACACAGCAUCGUCACCCUCAACACAGCAUCGUCACUCUCAACACAACAUCGUCACUCUCAACACAACACACUCACUCUCAACACAACACGCUCACCGUCAACACAACAGUCACACUCAACACAACACAGUCACCCUCAACACAACAUCGUCACUCUCAACACAACACAGUCACCGUCAACACAUCACCGGCAGCGCAGCACCGUCAUCACCACGGCGGCGCGGCGGCGGGGCGGCGGCAGCGCGUGGCUCGCCAGGAGCAUGGAAAUGUUCUAUAACCGCAUUUAA